AUUUAUCUCAAUUACCUACUAGUUAUUAUAUACGUCUGUUACGAUACAAACGCCAUGCCCCGAAUUAUUUACGUUCUGGUAUACCCUUCUCGUUUAUUCGCUGCGCAUUGGUCAUUCUGGCUACCUUAUGUUGACACCAAUCAGCAAUCAAACAUCGGUGACCGCAUUCAUGUAACAGGUGAUCGGCUCAACGGGUUUCAGUAUGAAUAUAUCCGUAACUACAAUGUUUGCGAAGACGAUAGGAACCCUAAUGCAUUCCCUAUCGGGCUGGUGUCGGAGACACAUAUGGAUCUAGCAAACAAGGACGGAACCGUUACCUCAAGCGAAGAGGAUCCGAGAGAGGCAGAGAAUGCUGUUUUCAAUGCAUUUGACGCGGCUUGUAGGGAAGUGCCAGCACCGGGACCUAGCCUUAAUAAAGUGAACAGAGAUACUGACAGGGCUGCUGAAGUACCUCCUAAGAGGAUGAGAGUUAAAGAUUGUCAGUGGUGGAUCAAAGAAGCAACUUCGCAUUUAGUCCAAAUAGGAAUUAUGUUACCAUUGGACGAAAGGCACGAAGGGGAAACUCCGAUUUUAAGAGUAAGUAGCCUGCCACAGCAUUAAUAAAGCUAGAUGCUCCAAUAUACGGUUGGAUUUUGCUAGCCGGACCAACAUCAAUAGGUACCUAACGUGCACUGGUUUGUGGCGAAGAAGCGUGGCUGUGGGCUUUUAAGCCAACUCAAGGGAGGA